UGGUUAAAAUGAUUAGAACAAAAUGAAAUAUGGCAAAUAUAUAGCCUAUUGAGAUGAAAAAUUUUUAGAGAAUGCUGGUGGGUACUAUAAGGAAGGAAAAAAGUAAGGAUUAUGGAAAGAUCUAUUCCAAACUUAUUGUUGUUAAGUUAUUAAUAAUUAAAUAGAUGUACAGCAAUUGGAGAAUAUUAAAUGAUAUAGAAAGGGAAAAUGGAAAUUUGUACAAGAUUGUUAGAAAAUGUAAUGAUUUUAUCAAUUAUUUAAUGGUGGUGGGCUUUACAACAAUGAUGGUUAAAAGUAGGGAAAAUAGAUUGAGGUGGAUGAAUUGUUUAAACAUUGGAAGAUAGUCACUUAUAUUGGUGUAAGAAUGGUAUAAAGGUUGGUAGAUGGGAUAUUAUGUAUGAAGGACAAUAAUUGUAAAGCGUUGGAUAAUAUGAUUAGGAAGGGAAUGAGAUAAAAAUUGGAAAGUGGGUAGAUUUGGAUGAAGGGUUUGAAACUUAUAAAUUAGUCACAUAUCAGGGUGAAUAUAAUAUAAAUGGUAUGAAAGAAGGUAAUUGGGAAAUUAUGCAUAAUAAAAGCAUACAUAUAUAAAUAUAUAAAUAUCUUAUAAGGCGGUUGGAAUUCAUAUAGCGAAAAAGUGUGGUGGAUCAUAUGAAUUAGAAGGAAAUUAGAAAAAGAUUGGAAAGUGGGUUGAAUUGGAUGAAGAAUUUCAAUAAAAUAAAUAAGUCACUUAUAGUGUCGAAUAUGAUGUGAA